AUGACAUUAGUCCUGGGACUGAGGACCCUGUGGUUGGUAGCGCUCACCUCACUAUCCAACACGCUUGCAGUAAAUAACAGUGGGAGAUGGUGGGGUAUUGUCAACAUUGCUUCUUCCUCUAACUUACUCACCGACACCAAAUACGUUCAGCUGGUUUUGGAUCCGAGUUUGCAGCUGCUGAGCAAGAAACAGAGGAAACUCAUCCGCCAGAACCCGGGAAUAUUGUACAGCAUCACCUGGGGGCUGCAGAAUGCCGUCAGAGAGUGCAAGUGGCAGUUCCGGAACCGACGUUGGAACUGCCCAACAUCCCAGAGUUCGAACAUCUUUGGCAAGAUCGUCAACCGAGGUUGCCGAGAGACAGCUUUUAUCUUCGCCCUCACCAGCGCGGCUGUCACUCACUCUGUGUCCCGCUCCUGUUCUGAAGGCUCCAUUGAAUCGUGUACGUGUGACUACCGGCGCCGGGGACCUGGCGGGCCCGACUGGCAUUGGGGAGGCUGCAGCGACAACAUUGAAUUCGGCCGCGUCUUCGGCCGCGAGUUCGUAGAUUCGAGCGAAAGGGGCCGAGACCUGCGCUACCUGACCAACCUGCACAACAACGAGGCCGGCAGACUGACAGUCCAUGCCGAGAUGAGACAGGAGUGUAAGUGCCAUGGAAUGUCUGGCUCUUGCACGGUUAAAACUUGCUGGAUGCGGCUCCCCAUCUUUCGGACCGUGGGCAACUUGCUGAAGGACCGGUUUGACGGAGCCUCCCGAGUGAUCUACGGCAACAAGGGCAGUAACCGCGCUUCCCGAGCGGACAUGCACCACCUGGAGCCCGAGAACCCUGCUCACAAGCCGCACUCUCCCCAGGACCUGGUCUACUUCGAGAAGUCGCCAAACUUUUGCGCAGUGAAUAGCAAAACAGGCACGACAGGGACCAAGGGCCGAGCUUGCAACAACACCUCCCUGGGCCUGGACGGCUGUGACUUGCUGUGCUGCGGGAGGGGCUUCCGGACCCUGACUGAGAGAGUCACCCAGAGAUGUCACUGCACUUUCCAUUGGUGUUGCCAUGUCAGCUGUUUAAACUGCACGACCACACAAAUUCUGCACGAGUGUCUCUGAGCCUUCU